GCAACAACAGCAGCAACAACAGCAGCAACAACAGCAGCAACAGCAGCAACAGCGGCAGCGUGAAGGAUCCUGUAGAUUUUCUCCCGCUUGUUGACGUGCAGACCCCUCGGGAAGGGGUGGGAGCUGCUGCCAUGAACAAAGACUUGUGCAUUCACUCGUGGCCAGGGUCGUACUAUGUCGAGGGUGAGAAGCGGUGGGUGCACGGGACCCUCUCACUCUCGCCGUGCCGGCUGGCGUUCACGUCAGACAAAGGGCUGGCGCUGACCAGCCUCCAGCUCUCCGACGUCACGGGCAUCAGGAAGGAAACAUCCAGCUUCAUCUUCAGCUCGCUGACGAUACUGCUGGGCGGCAGGGAGAAGCACUGGUUCAGCUCGCUGCAGCCCUGCCGGGCUGCGGUGUUCAACGUCGUCGAGCACUUCUGGCGGUCGCAGCUGCUCUCGUGCGGGGUCCAGGACGCGCCGGCCGCCGGGGCGACCCCGACCAAGGGGAGGGAACUCAUCAACCUGGCCUCCAGCUCUCAGCAACGCCUGGGGGACACGGCCAAAGUGCUGCAUCACCAGGGAGAACAGUUCGACCGCAUCAUGAACGGGCUGGACAAGAUCGAGUCCGACAUGGACGUGGCAAACAGGCUGCUGACGGAGCUGGAGUCGCCGCCCUGGUGGCCGUUCGGCAAGCUCCUCCGCCGAUCGACUCAGCCGGAGGCAGCGAGCGAGGCCGAGCCUGUGUUGUCCCCGGAGUGGGCUUUUGGAAAGGAUGGCCUGAUAUUGAAAGUCCCCAGCCUCUACUCCCAGGGGCCGGGACCCGACCCCAACCUUAAGCAGGGCCAGCUGGCGGUCCUCUGCUCUGGUCUGGAGAUCAGUGAUUCCAGUGGACAGCCCGUGCACAAGUACCGGCGGGAUGAGGUAGACGACAUCAAGGUGCAGAGCCCUUACGAGAUCGUGGUACGCCAGAGGUUCAUCGGGAAGCCCGACAUCUCCUUCACCCUGCACUCGGCCAGGAUGCCUGACGUUAUUUCCAUUGUGGAGAUCCAGUACGCCAAAAAAAUGCAGUUUAAAGAGGAACUCUUGGAGCUCUUCAGACCAGAAGAUGCCUCGGCUUCGGAAAACAAUGACAUGGGCAGCUCCAUCUGGAACGCAGCCACGGGCUUCUUGGGCAGGGUAAUGCAUCCUGCUUCAGCUAGCGGUGGACAGGUGUCCCAACAGGUGUGCGAGCAGACCGUCUCUGAGGCUGAGACUGAAGAGCUGAGACAGAUCCUGCGGAGGCUGAAGACCAUGGCGCUGGACACGGAGUGUGAGCUGGAGCGGCAGAACGAAGUGCUCGACGUCAUCGGCACCUCGACUGACCGGGCGACAUCGCGGAUAGACACCAGCCACCGGAGAAUCCGCAGGCUCUUGUAGGAAUCUGGCCAGCCCAGCCCAGCCCAGCGGUGUGUUCACUAUGGACCCUCUCUCCAUCCCAGUCUCAGCCACAGAGGGAAUGUUUCAACUCUGCCUCAGUGCUGCGCGGACUGUAACCUGCCCUAAAGCCACACACCCUGCAUCGUGGACCUUCUCUCCACCCCACUCUCAACCUACGGAGGGAAUGUUUUAACCCUGCCUCACUACUGUGUGGUGUAUACUCGACUGCACCCAGUCUUAAAACUGGCCUUGCAUCGUGGACCCGAUCUCAACCUCUAAAGGGAAUGUUUCAGCACCCUGUGCGGUGAGCUUUAUUGCACCCAGUGCUAAAACCACGCUUAUAGCUCGACUUGCAUUGUGGAACCCUCUUUCCAGCCCGGUUUCGCCCUCCAGAGGGGCUGCGCACUUUACCCUUGACCACUCCCAGCCCUA